AUGCGUCCACAUGUCAGGAUGGAAUUGACAGAUUUUGUUUCAGCUGGCGUUACAAACAUUAGUAUUAUUAAUUCUACUGAUGAAGACUCAGACUUUGUAAAUUCUCCAGGCACAGUUAUUUUUUUAUAUACACUCAUUCCUACGAUAGUUUCUCUUACUGUUGUAGGGAACACUAUUGUUAUUUUAGCUUUUGUUAUUGACCAAAGGCUUAGAACGCAGAGUAACCUCUUCCUACUGAAUUUGGCGAUCUGUGAUUUUUUCAUAGGUGCCUUCUGCAUACCAGUGAGUGCAUCAUACAGUUUGACUGGCAAGUGGACCCUUGGAAACAUUCUCUGCAAGCUAUGGUUAAUUGCAGAUGAUUUAAUGUGCACGGCUUCUGUGUUUAAUAUUGUCCUCAUUAGCUAUGACCGCUUCCUUUCCAUCACGCUGGCUGUGACAUACCACUUUCAUCCGAAAACCUACAGCUACACAAUUCUUAAAUUUGUUGCAGUCUGGGUUGUUUCAUUCCUUCUCAAUGGUCCAGCUCUGCUCUUCUGGGAGUAUGUGGAUACUGAACGUCUCAUUCCUGAAGGACACUGCUUCCCUAUAUACAAUCACAACAUAUACUUUCUUCUUGGUGUCUCAGUUUUUGAUUUUUUUAUUCCACUAAUAAGCAUUACUUAUUUUAAUAUGAGCAUUUAUUGGAGUAUCAGAACACAGAGCAAGAACAAGAGUCAUCAUAUCCAACCUUCACUUCCUCUAUCGCUAGAGAAGGAAGAAAUGUCAUGGGGGCCUGAUAUCGUAUCAAAAACUAUUAACAAUGGAAGAAAUGAGAAUACACAAGAAAAUAAUAAAGCAAUAGAUACUGAUCCUGAAAUGAAAAGAUCUACCAAUAUCACUCAACUUUCACAAAACACUAGUGGUGCAGUCAGUCCGAGCAUGCACCUCAAAAAGCUAUCACGUGAUAAGAAAGUAGCAAAGUCACUCACUCUUCUGAUUUGUAUAUUUGUGGUUUGUUGGGCACCAUUUAAGCUAGAGGAGAUAAUCUGUGCUGUAUUUCAAAUUGAAUGUGUCGACACUUUCUGGACUGAAAUAUCUAGCUGGUUACUGUGGAUGAACUCAUCGAUUAAUCCUAUUAUCUAUCCUUUGUGUCACAAAAGCUUCAGAAAAGCACUUAGAAAAAUGUUACACUUGUUUUUGCAGAAAAUCAAAAUCCAAACAUGA